AUGGCGGCCGUGCGAAGAACUGGAGUCGCUGCGACGCGGCUGUUGGACUGCGUCGCCGCAGUCGCCGCAUCUGGGCGGCACCACAUGAUUGCCUUGGAUUUUUCUUCCCAAUCCAUCCCCGAUAAAGGCAUACCACGGGACUACCACACCGCGCCUAUCUCCGCGCCGAGUAACCUCAUCCGUUGCUCCUCGUCGUCAGUCGCGACUUAUUUCUCGCCGCCCUACGCGCCAUGCUUUUCCGAGUCGCGGUCGACUGGGAGAAACCACCCUGCGAGCUUAUUUCACGGCGCGCUCUUCUGCGGGACAGGAUGCGCGCGCCGAUUCCACCCCCCACGACCCGCCGCUAUGUCCCCAAUCUCCGCGCGCGGCAUCGCCGGAAGUUCCGCCAGUGGGGGCGCUACCAGUGGCGCGGAGCCCGGCGGAGGCGCGGAGGACUGCGGGGGCGGGCACGCGAUUCUGGAACUGAAGCUAGCGCAGACGGGCGAGGGGAUUGCGGAGUGCGAGUUGCUGCAGUGGUUUGUGGAAGAGGGCGAGGAGGUGCGCGCGUUCCAGCGCGUGUGCCAGGUGCAGAGCGACAAGGCGACGGUGGACAUCACGAGCCGCUUCCACGGCCGCAUCCUGCGCACGCACUUCAUGCCGGGGGACGUCGUUAAGGUCGGAGAGACCUUAGCGGACAUCCUUCCUCCCGGCGCAGGCGAACCUGUAGCCACGUCAGCACCGACACCUCAUGACACGUCAUCAGAGCCACAGUCAUCGUCAGCCUCCUCCACCUCUUCCUCUUCCGCCACGUCGCCGUCUCACUCCGACCAAAGCCACGAAGUGCUGGCAGUGCCAGCGGUGCGCCACCUGGCGAGGACACACGGGAUCAACCUGGCUGACGUGGAGGGCACGGGGCGGGACGGGCGCGUGACUAAAGAGGAUGUGCUUGCAUACGUACAGUCACGGCAAGGCGUGGAGGAGGAGAUGAGAAUGGAAGAGCAUGUGCUGGAAGGACCAGAACCAGCCAUGGCUGAACCAGGGGCGCUAGGAGCAGCAGCAGCAGGAGGAGGAGGAGGAGGAGGGAGGGGAGUGCUGGUUGGAAGGGGGGUGGAGGCUGGGGUAAAGGAGGAGGUGGGGCGGAUGGGUGUUGCUGCUGCUGCUGCUGCGCAAGGAGAGGGUGUGGACGCAGGUGCGGGUGCAAGAGCACGCGUUGAUGACUCUAACGACAUCCUGCUGCCAAUGCGUGGGUAUCGGAGGGCCAUGGCGAGGGCAAUGGCAGCAGCGCUGGCAGUGCCGCACUUCACCUUCAUGGAUGAGAUCUCCAUGGACGCUGCUCUCUCCCUGCGCUCCCAGCUCAACUCCGCCUCCUCCUCUGCCGCUGCCUCUGCCGCUGCUGCUGCUGCUGCCGGUGUCAGUGGUGGUGGUUCCGUUGCUAAGCCUGCAGCUGACAAGGCAGGAGGAGCGGCGGUUCGGCUGACGCAUCUGCCGAUUCUGGUGAAGGCUCUGUCGGUUGCGCUGCAGGACUACCCCACGCUCAACAGCACUCUUGAUGAUGCCUCCUUCAACCACCUCCGCUGCAAACGGGCGCACAACAUUGGCAUUGCCAUGGCAACGCCAUCAGGCCUCGUGGUUCCCAAUGUCAAGAACUGCCAGAGCAAGUCCAUUCCCCAGAUUGCAGAGGACAUUGCCCGUCUGCGCCGCCUGGCUCUGCUGAACCAGCUGCCCAAUGAGGACGUGACAGGUGGCACCAUCUCGAUCUCCAACAUUGGCAGCAUCGGCGGCACGUACGCCACGCCCCUGGUGCAUCUGCCAGAGGUGGCUAUUGUGGCUCUGGGCCGCGUGCACACCAUGCCGCGAUUUGACGCCCGUGGGAACGUGGUGCCUGUGGCGCUCAUGAAUGUGAGCUGGUCAGCGGAUCACCGGGUCAUCGACGGCGCCACACUGGCAGCCUUCUCCUCGCACUGGAAAUCCUUUAUUGAGUGCCCCGCCAACUUGCUGCUGCACCUCAUGUAG